AUGUCUUUGGUCAUAUCCGGAUCCGAGAUUGCCAAAGCUUGGGAGAAAGAAGUGCAUGGGUCUCCUGGUUUCAAACUUCUCAAGAAACUGCAAUUUACAAGAAUUGCUUUAUCUAAAUGGAAUAAAGCUCAUUUUAGUGACAUUAAUCAAAAGGUUGAUAUGCUUCGACAUCAACUGAAUGAAAUACAACAACUACCUCAUUCUGCAGCUAACACCUCUAAGGCCUUUGAAGUUAAUGAGGAACUCAAAAAAUGGCACCGGAUACAACAUGACUUUCAUAAGCAGAAAUCAAGAGAUAACUUCUUGAAAGAUAUGAAUAAUAACACCAAAGAAGAUUUAUCUAAUCUCUUAACAAAGCAUUUUAAGGAGAUAAGUACUACUACUUCACCUGUCAUUCAAGAACAGUAUUAUAAUCUGCUGUCAACUGUAAUUACAAAUGAAGAUAAUAGACUUUUGUUAAUUUCUCCUACAAAUGAUGAGAUUUUCAAAAAUUUAAAAAGCAUGGACAACUGGUUAGCUCCUGUUCCAGAAGGUUUUCAAGCAGGGUUUUUUUUAAAACUCAAUGGAAUACAGUUGGUUCAGAGAUCUCUAAAUGUUGCUCAUCUUUCAAAAGAAAUCAAAGGAAUUAAGGCUGCUAGAAGAACUCCUCCUAUUAAUCAUCUUUUAUUUGCAGAUGAUUGCCUUAUAUUUACCCAAGCUAAUUUAACCAGUGUGAAUAAUCUCAAGCAACUUCCGCAUGAUUUUAAUUCACAAUCUGGUCAAGUCAUUAACUUUGACAAAUCCUCCAUUUUGUUUAACAACAAUAUGGAUCAUGAUGUUUGUAAUACUCUCAAAAACAUCUUGGGGGUUAAUUAUAUGGACAAGAAUGAAAAGUAUUUGGGACUCCACUUCUUAUUGGAAGAUCUAAAAUUAUCUAGUUGGAAUAUCAUCAAUCUUGGUCAGGCUGGAAGAACAACCAUGGUUAAAUCUCUACUAUAUUCAGUUCCAUUGUAUCAAAUGAGCACCUUUAAAAACCCAAAGAAGUUGAUUAAAAAGCUUGAUUCUCAACGGAUAAAGUUCUGGUGGGGACAUAAAGGCAAAAGAGGUACUAAAUUUAUUUCCUGGCAAAAGCUUUGUAUCCCUAAAGAUUUAGGUGGAUUGGCCUUUAAAGACCUUGAGAUGAUGAACCAUGCUCUCCUGAAAAAAUUGGCUUGGGGAAUUAGUAAUCAAGAAGAUCAAUUAGUUACUCAGAUGGACUCCAAACCAACACCUAGAGAUCCUUGCCAUUUAUCCUAUAAUUUGGUGAAUGAACUAAUUUUACCUGAUUCAGCUGCUUGGAAUGUUCCAUUACUCAAUACUUUAUUUCCUUCUGAAGUUGUUGACAAAAUCAAGUUAAUGAUCAUUUCUCCUAUUGAAAAAGAUGUUGUUAGGUGGAAACCUACUAAGGAUGGGAUCUUCACAGUAAAUAGUGCUUAUAACAAUCUAGUUGAACACAUAGUUAACAGGCAGGCAGCUCUGAGCACUGUGCCAAAAAAUACUUGGAAGGAUCUAUGGAAGAUGAAACUGCCCCACACGAUAAAGUUGUUUAUCUGGAAAUGCUAA